AAAAAAGAAAAAAUUAACGAGAAAGAUCUCUUACUGCUUCCAAUUCGAUCGUUACUAGAAAGCCGCGACCACGACAUUGGUCGUGGAGGCGUGAAGAAGUUUAAAGUCACGCAGAAUCAAUCAAAGUGGGAGGAGGGAGGGACACGUUCUUCAUCAUCAAACAUAUUACUCACGAAACUCUUUGGAAAGCUUUUCCCUGAUUUCGAGCAAACGAUGGACAGAUCGGCGUCGGUGGACGGCCGAUUUGCUGGCAAUCACUUGUAUUCUCCUUCAUUUCCUUCUUCCUCUUCCAUGAGACAUGUCAAUUACAGUUGUGGAUCAUGUGGGUACGAGCUGAACUUGAGCUCCACGAAUCGGAUCACAUCAUCAAUCGGAUCAAAGUACGGGAAAUCAAUGAAGACAGGAAUCAUAUCCUUCUUCAACAUUGACGAGGGAAGGUUCAGCCUGGUGGAUGAGUUCCAAUGCAUGCCUCACUUCUUCUCCAGAUACUCUUUCGGUUUGUUCAGACGCAGGACUAAGCUUCUCUGCCGCCAAUGUCGUAACCAUAUCGGCACUGCUUCUUAUGACAAGGCCCCUCCUCAGUACGCACUCGUUACAACACAAAACUCAUCAUCGCCCAGGAAGGGUGGUGUUGUCACUGACACUGUUACCAAGUAUGAUAUCAGGAUCCGUGCCCUUCAACCUUCUUCCGCUCUUGCUUCUCUGUGAGUUCGUUUCUUCUGUAUUCUAGAAAGACUUCGAUCUGUAUCAGUACUGUUUUCAUAAGGUGGGUUUGGCUUUUUGUCUUUUUCUUUCAAAUUGUAUAGUUAUUAUAACAAUUUGCCUUUUUUUUGUUUUUGAGAAU